GGCGGGACCCACGGGCCAUGGGCGAUUCUCUGUUCAGGGAUGACUCGGGCGGAGAUGACGAGUAUGACUACCUCAUCAAGCUCCUCGCCCUGGGUGACUCUGCUGUCGGGAAAACAUGCUUCCUGAACAGAUACGCAAACAAUCAGUUCAAUGCCCGGUUUGCCACAACAGUCGGUGUUGAUUUUCAACAGAAGCGCGUUGUUCGAGAGAGUCGUGAUGCCGAGGGAUUAUUGGGUCCGAAACAGCGUCUACAUUUACAGCUGUGGGAUACAGCUGGCCAAGAGCGCUAUCUAUGCCAUUCGCGAGGUUCCCUACAAGU